CAGUGCAGGAAAAAAACAGACCUGCCAAUGUCACUCAGUCACCAUUGAGCUGUCAGUGCUGAGAGUUGUAGUUGCAGUGUAGCUGUAUGGCCACUGGUUACUCACUGUAUUACAUCCCCUGACUGACUGCAUUGCUGGGGGAGUCACUACCAACCAACUCUGCCAACUUACCUGCAACUUGUUUGUUUCUUUCCAGGGAGGAUUAAGAUCACACUAGUUAUUAUGAGUGGAGCUGCCAUACUCCCUCCCUCCUCUCACUCACCUCUUUUACUCACUGUUACAAAGUUUCUAGUCUAACGAUACAAAUAUUUCUGAGCCUGAUCCUCACUGUAUCCAGAACUGAGAGGGUUAACUCCCAGGAGUACAAAGUGCUGUUUGUCUUUGAUAAAAGGGAAAGUUCAGUUUCGUUUCUUGUUCAGUUGCUGUUCCUGCUCUCAGUGAUGGCGGCUGCUGAUCUGAGAGACGAGCUGAGCUGCUCCAUCUGCCUGAGCAUUUAUACUGAUCCUGUAUCCCUGCCGUGUGCCCAUAACUUCUGCCGGGGCUGUAUUGGGAGGGUGCUGGGCACCCAGGAGGGAUCUGGGCCUUAUUCCUGCCCUGAAUGCAGACAGGAGUUUAAGGAGCGCCCUGCCCUGCCCAGGAACAGAACUCUGGGGAACAUAGCAGAGCCAUUCCUUUCUGCUCAGCCCGAGCCGGGGGACACUGGGAUUCCCUGCACCUACUGUGACUCCCAUGUACCUGCUGUUAAAUCCUGUCUGCACUGUGAGGCUUCUCUGUGUAAUAAGCACCUGAGGAUGCACAGCAAGUCAGCAGAACAUGUACUGACCCAACCCACCACUUCCUUCAUGGAGAGAAAAUGUUCUGUACACAAGCGGAUCCUGGAGUUUUACUGCUGUGAGACCUGUAUCUGUGUGUCCUGCUGUCUGGCCGGAGAGCACAGGGGCCACAGGGUGGAGCUGCUGAGUGAGGCCUCUGAGAAGAAGAAAGAGACACUGAGGAAAGUUGUGGAGAAACUGAGGCCAGAGAGAGAGGAGACUGAGAGAGGAGCCCAGAGACUGCAGGAGCGCAGGAGAGAAGUGGCAGAAAAAGCAGCCGGUGAGACAGAGAGAGUCACUGCCCUGUUUAGAGACAUCAGGGAACAGCUGGAAGCCCUAGAGAAGCGACUCCUGAGUGACAUCUCCAGCCAGAAAGAGAAGCUCUCACUCACACUCACUGAUCUGAUGGAGCAGCUGGAAAUAAAGAAGGACGAGCUGUCCAGGAAGAUCCGUCACAUUGAGGAGCUGUGCAACAUGGCAGAUCCACUCACUGUCCUACAGGAACGGGAAUCACAUGGAGCUGCAGAUAAUGAGGGGGGCAGAGAGAGACAUGAUAUAAAGGUCCCUGCUGUAGGGGAUCUGGAUGUGGAUCUGAUCUCAGAGACAUUACUCACAGGCUUAGCUGCCAUUGGGACUGAGGUAAAUACAAAAUUAGAUGGGCAGGAGGCUACAGACCUGUUACUGGAUAUAAACACGGCUCAUAAUCGUGUAUCUGUAUCAGGGGACAGGAAAUCUGCUUCCUACUCACUAACAGAACUACAUUACCCACAAUCCCCAGAGAGAUUUCAGGAUUGGGAGCAGACUUUAAGCAGCAGGAGUUUCCCCUCAGGGCGACAUUACUGGGAAGUGGAGGUCAGUGAAUCAGGGGAGUGGGGGGUGGGGGUGGCCUAUCCCAGUAUAGAGAGGAGAGGGGGUCAGUCCUGGAUUGGGGAGAAUAAGAAGUCCUGGGGUUUGUACACAUGGUUUAAUAACAGAUAUUCAGUGAGACAUGAAAGUAAAUGGACACAAUUACCCCACGUCUCUUCCUGCAGGAGAAUCAGGAUCUCAUUGGACUAUGAGGCCGGACGUCUGUCCUUUUAUGAGCUGAGUGAGCCAAUCAGACACUUACACACCUUCACUGUCACAUUCACUGAGCCCCUUCAUGCUGCAUUCUGGGUCGGGUGGGGUAAUUCCUGGGUGAGAAUCAUUAGUUAGUAUCUAUGGCACUUUAUUAAUUGAAUAGGUUAAUCAGAGGAUACAUUAGUGUAAUUCCUGUAGAUCUAAACCAGUCAGUACAGCCCCUCCCCUGGCCGCAUAUUGUAUAUCAGUGCUGAGCAACACUUUGCUUGGGGUGAGUCAGUUAUACAAUAUUACGUGGGUAUAGGGGCAGGAUCAUAUUAAAGCCAAGAUGCCAUAUCAAUCUGAAAUAUUAACACUGCUCUUAUGUCAGGGGAUUGUCCCAAGACUUUACUGGUUAAACUCUGAUCAUGUGACUGAGGAGAAUAAGGCCGGACAAUUACUUUGUCACUGAAAGUGUUAAUUAGUGCCGCCUAUUUCCUGUAAGGCCACACCCACUGAUAUUUCCUAUAGGGCAUUGGCACAUGGGGGGAUGGGGAGCACUGUGCCAGUCACAUGAUCAACAGCUCAGUUGUUAUAAUGAUAUAAGCUCAUGUGACUACACAGCAGGGAACAGACUGAUGCUGAUUAUUGUUGUUUUCCUUAAAGGGGUUGUUCACCUUUGAGUUAUCUGUGGGUUUGAUGUAGAGAGGGAUAUUCUGAGAUAAUUUGCAAUUGAUUUUCAUUUUUUAUUAUUUGUAGUUUUUGACUUAUUUAGCUUUUUAUUCAGCAGCUCUCUAGUUUGCAGUUUCAGCACUCUGGUUGCUAGGGUCCAAUUUACCCUAGCAACCAUGCAGUGUUUUAAUUGAAGCACUGGAAUAUGAAUAAGGGAGGGUCUGUAUAGAAAUGUGAGUAAGAAACAAGUAGCAAUAACAAUACAUUUGUAGCCUUACAGAGCAUUUGUUUUGAGAUGGGGUCAGCGACCCCCUAUUAA